CGAGUGCUGUAGGUUUCGCUGGAAGUGAUUGGUGUUUAAUUGAUGACGUAAACUCGGAAGCAAAAUGAUGUAUGAGUAUGAAUAAUUUUGCUGCAUUGAAAAUGGCGGUUAAUUUUGCUUUGCUGCUGGUUAACAGUGAGUGAGUUGCAUCUUCUGAUAGGGAGUUUGCAGGUUUUUUAUGGGUUAGUUUUGCGACUAGGUUAACCUAUGGCGCUGUGUAAUAGGGGUUCUGAGGCGUACAUGCCUGUGUCUGCAGGUUUGGGCUCCGAAGAAAAUUUCUUGUCUUUGGAAGAUAUUAUUAUGUCCCACGAGAAACUGCCGUGCCGUUUGGAGAUGACGUUACCCCGGCUUGGAUUUCUUGACAAGAGUGGCGAAAGUGACAGUAUUCCUGAGGGUACAAAGAUGGAGUUGCCUCUCUGGUUGGCCAAGGGACUGUAUGACAAAAAGCGAAAGAUUGUGUCUGUUGAGCUACCAAAAAUCUAUAAAGAGGGUUGGAGGACAGUCUUCAAUGCAGAUGCCAAUGUGGUUGACUUGCAUCGCUUAGGCCCUUACUACUAUUCGUUUGGUUGCCAGCUCCUGAACUUUGACAGUCCUGAGAACCCAGAGAUUGCACAGACCUUGUUACAGACAUUUGUUGGCCGUUUUCGCCGGAUCAUGGACUCUUCACAGAAUGCAUACAAUGAGGACACAUCAGGACUUGUUUCACGACUUGAUGAACUGGAGCGGAUUUUAUUCCAUGCAGGGCAAAAGGGAUUAAAUGAAUUUCAGAGGUGGGAAAAAGGUCAGGCAAGUCAGAUCACUGCUUCAAAUCUUGUUCAGAAUUACAAGAAGAGAAAAUUCCCUGAGGUGGAGGCAUAACUGAGCAGAAACCAGUCCAGCAAACCUGAGGUGGAGGCAUAACUUAGCAGAAACCAGUCCAGCAAACAGGUGUUCCUUAGGACAUCUGUUGGAAUUCUGAAAAGGUGACUCCCUUUGUCUUGAGGGAAGGGUUCGGCAUGUACCACCCAAGUAGCAAGUUGCAUAAUUGAGGAAACUGCCUACUUGCUUAGAAGUAACGAGACAAAAUCAAAUGUGUUACUAGCUGAAAGCUUUCAUGACCUUGCUUUUACAGAUUCAUUGUGCCAGUGUUCUGCACUUCAUAUACAUCGAACCACUGUUCAUUUAUUCGUUUGUAUAAUUACCUGGUAUCCACCAGAUGGCAGUCAUGUAGCCAGUUGCAGUCCAGCCCUCUCCUCUCCUCUCCACGGGGUGAGAGCUUUUUGUUCAUUAGCUCUCUCUUUAGGUUGGUGAGGAGUUGCAGCGUUGAGAUGAACAAAGCAGUUUGCAUCCUGCUUUCCUGAAAGUACUCUGCAAAAUGUUGACCUUUUUUGAAAAGUAUGCAGCCAAGGUGACUAUCAUGCGAUGCACUUUUUUUUUUUUUUUUUUUUUUUUAACUUCCAUUUUAUGAUCUUUGGUAGUGUUGUCAAGCUACUCAUAGAAAAUCCCCCCCCCCCCCUGCAGUAGUUUAAUCUUGAAAGUCGUGAUGCAUUUCCUUAAUGAGAAACACCAGUGGUUUGUAAUACUAUACUCUUGGCAGUUUUGUAUGAAUUUCCUUUUCUUGUAUGUGAAUUUGUCUUAUGCAAACCCUUCUGCUCACUGAAUUAAAAGGUACAUACAGAUUGCCACUUGUCUUUA